AUGCUGUUACACGUUCAUACUAGUAGUGGUUAUAGAGAAUCUCUAUAAAGAAGUCUAAGUAGAAAGAGAGAUCGUAAUCUCUCUUUUUAAAUAAUUUCUAGAACUUAAUUAGCUGAUCUCGGAAAUUAAGGUACAUCUAAGUUUGGCAAAGAUGAAAUAAAGCUUGAAUAAAGGAGGUGUAAAUCAAAGAAUAUGAAACCGAAAGAUUGUAAAAAAAAACUAAAUUAAAAGCCUUCUUAUAUACCAGAGAUGACUCAUUACUAAAAAAUUUUACAAAAAUACUUUUGA